AUGUGCUCCCUGGCCAUCACCGCGACGACCGUGAUGACAAUGACGCUGAAGCCUCUAGACUACGAGACCAAGAGCCGCUUCGUCAUGGCGGUGGAGGCGGACAACGUGGUGGUGGACGAGCGCUUCCUGAGCGCCGACGAGGCGCGCGACCGGGCCACCGUCAAGGUCUUCGUGGAGGACGUGGACGAACCGCCCGUUUUCGGCGCCGACGUCUACGAGUGGAGGGUGCCGGAGAGCGCCGGGGUGGGCACCGAGGUGGGGGUCGUGAGCGCGAGGGACACGGAUACACGGAACAAUCCUGUCAGAUAUUCAAUUGAGAGACACAGCGGUAUCAGAAAAGCUUUCAAAAUAGACCCAAACAAUGGCUCCAUGACGCUCUCCCAGCCGCUCGACCGGGAGGCCUCAAAUUGGCACAAUGUGACGGUUGUAGCCACCGAGACAAAGCAGAGCUAUUUAUUCUCGGCGGCGGUGGUGUUCAUCAAGGUGCUGGACGUGAAUGACAACGCUCCGGCGCUGGCCAGUGAUUACCGGCCGUAUAUCUGCGAGGGGACUCCGGCGGGAGAGCUGAUCCAGUUGCUGGAUGCGGUGGACCCUGACGACCCGCCGGAGGGACAUCACUUCUACUUCUCCAUGGUCCCAGAUGCGCACAUCAAUCCCAACUUUACCAUCAGAGAUCACCAAGACAACACGGCCAGCAUCGUGAGCCGCCGCAGCACCUUCACCCGCAAGGACCGCGCCCACUACCUGCUGCCGGUGGUGGUGGCGGACAGCGGUGUGCCCCCGCUCACCAGCACCAGCACCCUGACCGUCACCGUGUGCGGCUGCAGCCCCGCGGGCCACUGCCCCCUGGGGGGUGCCGGCGUGGAGGCCCGUGCCCUCUCCAUGGGCACCAGCCUCAAAACCCUGCUGGGCGUGCUGGUGUGCCUGGCCACGCUCUCAGCGCUCUCCGUCCUCACCCUGGGGGUGAGGAGGAGGAGGAGGCGCAGGAGGAAGCAGCAGGAGGUGUCCGGGAUGGCGGAGGACGUCGACGGGGAAGACCUGGAGCUCCCAGACCAGGUGUCCCAGAAGGUGCUGCGCUACGGCGAGCCGAGGGCCCCGGGGCCCCAGCUGGCCUCCACCCCCUACAUCUCCUCCCCCUGCUCCUCCCCCUCCUCCCCGCCGUCAGUCCCGCUGCGGCCCCACCCCAGGCGGCGGGACAGGAAGCUGCGGCGGGCGGAGGUGGCGGCCAGCAUACGCAUGUCCCUGCGACACUCGCACCUGAUUGGCCCCGAGGACGAGGUGUUCCGGCAGUUCAUCUUCGACCGGCUGGACGAGGCCGACCGGGACCCGUACGCCCCGCCCUUCGACUGCCUGCGGACGUACGCCUUCGAGGGGGCGGGCUCCGACGCCGGCUCCCUCAGCUCCCUGGACUCCUGCGGGCUGGCCGACUUCGGGCCCGAGCCGCCGGCGGGCCGGCCCAGACCCUUUGUGGUCCCGCUGACGCCCUGGUACGGGUCGGAGGAGGACACCUUCUGAAGGCCCCACAGGUGGAGAGUCUGUCUUUGUGUGUGUUUGACUUUGAUUACGAUCGCAAUCUUUAAAGGGACUUCACCGGCCCCGUGUCUAGACGGCCACAUAGCGAACCCCCCCCAAAGACUUCCCUAAAGACCUUGUUUCAGCUGGAGUUUGAACACUAUGAGAUUGAAUAAAUGAGGACUGAGAGAUCUUUGGAGGAGGGCGGCGUGUCACGACCCAUUGCAACUUUGUGAUACUUUUUCGUACCGUCGUUGGGUAUGAGUGAUGUAGUGAGCGAUGUUGGGUAUCAAAUGCACCAGUCACUGUAGUGUUACACUGGGAAGCUUAACCCCCUAGCGUUCUACUAUCGUGGGCCGGGACGCCCAACCAUCUCUAGGCCGCAUAAACCAUCAAAAUCAACGUCUUGUUUCAGAACAACCCUCCAUACAUCUGCAUUCACACAAACCAAGGCGUUGUACAAUUAGUGUCUGAGCAGCUUAACCCUUUCUCAGUCAGCCCUCACAGAGCUCAACACACCCACCAACACAUCGCCGCUGUCGUACCUCGGUCGUACCUUGGUCGGGACGUCGAUGAGUUUACACCUCAGCGUCACAAAAAGACGUGCGUUACUAUAGGUCUGAAUAAGAGUGGGGUUAUCAGGUAGUCUUUAAGGUAGGCAUAAACUUAGGAUUUUACCAGCUUUCUCGAAAAUAAAGUCUUGUUUUUAGGAACUGAGAUAAAAUGGCAUGGAUUACUUUGUUCAUGAUCACCAGAAAAACUAAGUUUUAAGAAAGAAAACGUUGCUGUGCUUACUAGCCCUUUAAGGACAGUGGGUAACAACUCCAAAACUCAAACUAAUAAUAGAACACUGGUCAGGGAUCCCUUGUCCAGUGAACUCUGCCGGUGUGAUAGGCAUGAUUGUAAAAACGACGAGACAUAUUGUCUGUUCAAUGUCUCCGAUCAUCAUGAUCGAUCGAUCGAUACAUUCUUAGAAACCCUCUCUGCUACUCUCUGUAGCUUCCGUCAUCAGCAGAAAAUAGAUCCAAGCACUCUGUUAAUACACUGAACACAAAGGUACACUAACCAGGCUGUAGGACUUGCAGUAUUUCGUGUUGUAAGCAUUUUAUACUAUUAUGCAUACUAUUAUAUAUACUAUUUUUGUUGACGUAUUUUGUGUAACAAAUUUUACAGUCUAUACAUUUGUAUGAAAAUGAAUAAUAUUUCAACCAACCUUUUGGUGUCUGCCUGUGUCUAGCGAUGGUUUGGGAAGUGACCUUGUUAUGGCAGCCAUUUACAGAGUGAACAACCAGGCUUCAAUAGAUGUUGAAUUGAUUAGCGUUUUAUUAAUGCAGUUUAAUCAUUCAUGAAUGCAAAAAGAGAUUUUUCCAUUAAUGUAGUUGAAUGAAAUUCAGUCUUUUGAGUCAAAGGGCUGAACACAUUUCGUCUUCAAGGACACGCACAAUCAUUUAACUCAUGUGUAUUUAUGUUUUAUUGGGAGAUUUUAUUGGACUGAUACCAACGCAAGCCCCUUGUGGUUCCCAGAAUGGGAUAAAUAUGUUUUGGGGGAGGGAGGAGUUGCCGGUGAAUAAAACGCAUA